GUUGAGGCACAGCAGCUGUUAUGGAGCAUCGAUCUCCAGAUUUGUUCUGCCAUUUAUAGCGUGGACCGAGAAAUGCAUCACUAUCUUUUGUACGUUUGUGCUUGUGUCAGCAAGCCUAGUAGUAGAUCAUAAACAAGCUGUUGAUGUUGUCUCCCGUUCAUUUGGAAGCCUGUACGGCUGUACCUGUCUGUUGCGAUGCAUUCGUCCUGGAAGAGAACAAAGUAAGAAGUGGUCGCCAUCGACGUAAAUACGAGGACGCAUGCUCCUUCCUGAAUUCUGAUGCGGCUUCUACUUCUGCCAUUGCAAUAAUCUUUUUGGUAUUAUGGUAUAUGAUUCGGUGGAUAUCAGGGCAGCUUCCAAGUGGAACGAAUGGAAGCUAUUAAAAUCGACUUCUUUUCCAUUUUCCUCCCGUUUGGAUUUUUUUUCCUAAGCAACCAUUUGCAAAAUACUUUCUCCAGCCCUUUUUUAAAAAAAAAGAUCGUGUAGAAACCCGAACAGAAUUUCUUUUGAGAAUACCAAUAUCAGCAUCUUGACUAUUCACGGUUGUUAGGAAUUAAGAACAUCUGCUGUGUUCAAGUUGGGGCAGUUAUCAAGUGAUUCCAUUCGCUGAUCCCUUGUGCGCUCUGACUUGGUAUUUCCGCAGGGACAUUCUUGGCGCCUCCGUGGAAUGUUGAUUAGUUUAGUGGUGAUGUCGAAGGAGAUGGAGAUCCAAACAUAACAGCGACUUAGUUGGAAGUUGGAACUGGAGAAAUAUCUUGUCCCUGGAAACACAUUUGUAUGAAUGAUUCUCUGGAUGGCCUAAUGUGUACAUGCAAAACCAACUGGAACCAGUGGCAAACUACCAAAGCUGCAAAUCAUACACAUCGACCAACUUGUGUUAAAGAAAGAAGAUUUCUCUAUCCUAUGGCGGCCUCUCUUAUUAGUUUUAUAACCAGAUUAGACAAUCCUCGGAGGACCCGUUCACCAAGCAAGAUGCUUUAUAUGGCCAAGCAAAUGCGCCUUCUAUCUGUCACUCGAUCCACCUAGAGUUCUUGGCCAAAAUGGAAAACGAGGAGAUGAGCAAAGUAACUCAAGCUAAUGGAAUAGACUCCAGGGAACACAAAGGGCAGAGCAUAGCAGUUGAAGCCAACAGCAAAGGAGAGACUCGUGAAGUCGUUGAAGGGAAGGUUGACUGGAGGGGAAGACCUGCAAUAAGAGGGAGUCAUGGUGGUGUUGCCAAUUCUUUCUUCAUUCUUGUGAACUUUGGGCUCGAGAACCUUGCCUCGUUGUCUCUAGCCGUGAACCUUAUCAUCUACUUCAUGACGGUCAUGCACAUUGGUCUGACUGAUGGCUCCAACCUGCUGACCAACUACAUGGGCACGAGCUACAUGGUCGCAGUGCUCAUCUCCGUCUUCGCGGACACUUUCAUUGGCCGGUACAAGACUGUCAUCAUAUCGUCAGUGAUCGAGCUCGUGGGCCUGCUGAUUCUUACACUGCAAGCUCACUCCAAUAAGCUGAAGCCACCGUAUUGCGUCUUCCCGUUCGACCCCAAGUGCGAGACGGUGAGCGGCGACGGCAGGACGCACCUCUACGUGGGGCUGUACCUCGUGGCGAUCGGCUCGGCGGGCAUCAAGGCGGCGCUGCCGGCGCACUGCGCCGACCAGUUCGACGAGAAGCACCCCACGGAGAAGCUGCAGAUGUCCAGCUUCUUCAACUGGCUGCUGCUCAGCCUCUGCACCGGCGGCGCCAUCAGCGUCACGGUGUUCGUGUGGAUCCAGAGCUACAAGGGCUGGGACAAAGGGUUCGGCGCCGCCACCGGCGUGAUGGGCCUCGCCCUCCUCGUCUUCAUCGCCGGCCUCCCCGGGUACCGCAUCUCCGUCGUGCAGGGCAGCACCGCGCUUCUUGAAAUCUUGCAGGUGUAUGUUGCUGCCAUCAGGAACAGGAAUAUGAAGCUCCCUGAGAACCCAGACGAGCUGUACGAGAUCAGCAAGAGCAAAGCUCCCCCUGACACGGACUUCAUGGCUCACAGGGAUAAACCGUUCAGGUUCCUUGACAAGGCGGCGAUAGUACAGGCGCCAACGGAUGAGGCGCCGAGCCCAUGGCGGCAGUGCCGAGUGACCCAGGUGGAGCACGCCAAGACGGUGCUCGCCAUGGUGCCCAUCUUCUGCAGCGCCAUCAUCAUGAGCACCUGCCUCGCGCAGCUCCAGACAUUCUCCAUCCAGCAGGGCGUCACCAUGGACAGGACCAUCGGCACGUUCAAGAUGCCGCCGGCGUCGCUGCCCAUCAUCCCGCUCAUCGUCCUCGUGUUCGCGGUGCCCAUCUACGAGCGGGGCUUCGUGCCCUUCGCCCGCCGCAUCACCGGCCACCCCAACGGCAUCCCGCACCUGCAGCGGGUCGGCGUCGGCCUCGUGCUCUCCAUCGUCUCCAUGGCCAUCGCCGCCGUCGUGGAGGUGCGCCGCAAGAGGGUGGCAGCAAGGCACGGGAUGCUGGACGCGAAUCCCAUUCUCGGGAAGCAGCUGCCCAUCUCCUGCUUCUGGCUGGCGCCGCAGUUCACCGUGUUCGGCGUCGCUGACAUGUUCACCUUCAUCGGGCUCCUCGAGUUCUUCUACUCGCAGGCGCCGCCGGCGCUCAAGUCCAUGUCAUCCUCGUUCCUGUGGUGCCCCAUGUCGCUCGGGUACUUCCUCAGCACCAUCAUCGUCAAGGCUGUGAACGCCGCCACCAGGGGCGCCACGGCGAGCGGCGGCUGGUUGGCCGGCAACAACAUCAACCGGAACCACCUCGACCUCUUCUUCUGGCUGCUCGCCGUGCUCAGCUUCCUCAACUUCCUCAACUACCUCUUCUGGGCCAGCUGGUACAAGUACAAGCCUCAGCAGUCAGCCCACGUACCAGCAGAGCACAAAGUAUGAUGAUCAUCCAGCGUCUCGAGAACCUUGGUAAUAAAAGAUGUGCAGUUGUUGCUACCAUUUUUGCCUCACGGGUGCACGGAGUACCAACGUGGCAACGUGAGUUUCCCAUAAGGGGAAGAAUAUAUAGGUAUACGGAACUUAAUUCUAAUCAGUUCCAGUACAAAGAUCAUGGAAUUGCAUCGUCGGUGUGUAUAAA